UUUUGCGAAUACGCUUACGACUUACCACGCCUUUGGUGGUCAGCAUUGCUCCUAUUGAUCGUCUUUUUCAUGUCUUUCUAUCAUGCAGUGCGGCCGCCUCACGCCUAAGUGCCUUUUGCCACCUUUUAAAACAUUGGUUACACCUAAUAAUCAUGUUGUUAAUUUUCCAUUACCCAUAAAAUAUACUCUAUCACUUCGUUUGUCAUGAAAUAUAUUCCAUAAAUUCUUUUGUUUGUUUCAAAAUUUUCUUUGAUCUUUUUCUAUUAGGAAGUCUGUUAUGGGACUUAUAUUGUUCCCAAUCCUUCCCAAAAAAAAAUAGAACCAAACACGUACCACAUGAUAAAACAUGGUGCCAAAUCAAAGUAGGAUUUUUUGUGGGAAAGGGAACAUAGAACUGUUUUGUGUAAGGUCCAAAUUUGACUUCUCAUCUGAUUACUUUCUUUUAAAACAGGAGUACCACCUCUCUACUCUCAACUCUCUGCCCCAGUGGAUCUGCAGUUCCAAUCACUACUGUAGUUAAUUUGUAAAUCUUGUCGUGGAUGGACAUUAUAAUAAACGUCAUUAGUUUAAUCAUAAUAGUUAUACUGUCUAUUAUAAAUAAAACAAAAAACAGAAAAUUGAAAAUGAUUGAAUUCUGUCUACAUAUCAUCAUCAUUAUCAUUCAUCACGGCACUUUCUCUGCUGCUAUUACACGAGCUCUUUCUCUCGAUAGCUCUCUGUCCUGAACUCGCUCUGAUUCAAUUUCUUCUCUGUUUUUAGCCUUUUGCAUUGUUCUACUCCAUAUACAGAGUAUCAACUAUCAAGCAUAAACAAACCUUCGCCAAAUUACAAUCUAACCUGCUCGAGUUAUCCCCAUUUCCUAUCAUCAUCGAUUCAGCAAUUACCGCGCCUUUCUGUUUCUAGGGCUAAAUAGUCCCUGCUUCCAGGUGAUGCAUGAAAGACAAUCGAAAUACUCCUCUCUUUGUUUAAAUUUGCUGGAUGGGGCGGGGUGGUGUUAGUUGGGCACUGGUGCUGCCGCCGGGCGUGUCUCCGGCGGCCGCUUGUGGCGGCGGCCCGGACAAGGACGAUCAGUGGCAGAAUUUUGACAGCUCUGUAAAUGCAGUUUCGCUCGGAUUCGUUGCGACUGCUAUUCUGAUUUUAAUGUUCCUUGUAAUGGCCAUUUUUGAGAGGCUCCUCCGCGGUAGAUCAUCCACAUCCCCAUCCGACGCCUCAAAUCACAUUUCAAUCCAAUCAAAGCUCGGUUUUCCAUCCCCAGAAAUGACAGUGUAUGCUAGAGGAGUGUCAGUGUUGAUGCCGGGGGAAGACGUUCCCACCUUCAUCGCUCACCCCGUCCCGCCGCCGCUACCUUGCAAUCAGCAGCAAAUAGCUCCACCAACAAUUUCAGCCUCCACCCAUAGUUGAUCUUAUGAACUUAUCUUAAGUGGAAUUCAAUGAAACUCUUUAAUAACUUUUCCUAGCUAGCUAGUCAUUCUCCCAACUAUAUUAUAUAUAUAUGUCUAACAUGAUUUAGGCAGUUUGAAUAGCUUCUGUUAAAAAAUAAUACGAGCAGUACUACUAAUAAUAGCCUUACAUAUAAGAACUGAAGCUUUAGAGCUCAGCUUUAGAUAUCCAAGUGAGAAUUCACCUAUUCUAUUUGAGUGGUGAAAUAUAACUAGUAAUUGACCUUGUCAUUUCCAGUUAAUGACUGUCAUGUUUGAUGUUUAUGACAAUAUGAGAUCUUAGCUAGUAGACACAUACUCUCUAUGAAAGAGUUGCUUCAACAAAAGUCAAUUCAAUGCCUUGUUUCAAGCAUGUACUAGCCCUCACUUCGCCUUUUAAGCUCUUGAUUUAAAAAGUAUUUCCGUUUGCUUCUAUUUUUCAUAAAUAGUCACUUUUAGAGAUUUUAUGAAAAGGCUGGGGUGAAUAGUAAAAGUUGACAAUGCUUCAAAGAAAAGUAGCUUUGAUAGUGAAAGUAUAAGUUAGACUAUUUGGUUAAAAAAAUCGGGAAAAUAAAAAAUGGUUUAAAGCACAUCUUCGAUCAUUUGCUUUAAGCUUUAAAAUUUAAAAUACUUAAUUUAAGCUGAAGGUUAUUUAAAAACACUAGGUUUAUGAAAUAAAAUUACCACCUUAAUCCCAUGGAGGCAAGCGAUCCCUCAGGCGUGCAACGAUUGAUUUGUCUAUUCUCGUCCAGCUCAAUAACGACGCAGAGGACAAGAUCGUAGACUGGGAGACGACAACAUCAACUUCACACUCCUCAUCCUAUUUCGAUUUGCUAUAUUUUUGUCCGACUCAGCAAUGGCGCAGAGGACAAGAUUGGAGACUGGGUUACGGGUGCUUCUUGGAUUCAAAGUUUUCAAUGGGUGAAGGUGUGUUUAUUUCAAAGUUUUCAUUGUUAGGCUUCUUCUUCGUCUGAUUGUGGUCCGAAUGAGUUUCAUUGCUCUGGUCGAGGUAUACUACGUUUCAUUGUAAAUGGUUAUGUUGCUGGAUAGUGCAUUCAAUUUACUUGUUGGCAGAUUUCUAUGAGAAUUGUAAUUGGUCAUCGUUAUCUAAUGAAGGAAGAGGAAAAUAGUGAUUUAGUAUUCAAAUCUGGCGCAUUGG